CACCAACAGAGGCUACAGGUACCCUCCGCCGCCGGACUUGCCCCCUCGUCCCCGGCCGCCCCGACACUCCCACUGAGGCAGCCGAGGACGGCCCUGACCAGCGUGGGUGCCAGGGAGAGGAACAGCUGCGGCUUCUUCCAGGGCCGCCGAGUGGCAGCUGGAUCAGCCGUCAUGGAGUGGCCGCAUGCGGAUCACAGCCAAAGGGCAGGUGGCCUACAUCAAGCUGGAGGACAGGACCUCAGGGGAGCUCUUUGCUCAGGCACCCGUGGACCAGUUUCCAGGCACCGCCGUGGAGAGUGUGACGGAUUCCAGCAGGUACUUCGUGGUCCGCAUUGAAGAUGGCAAUGGGCGACGGGCAUUUAUUGGAAUCGGCUUUGGGGACCGAGGUGAUGCCUUUGACUUCAACGUGGCGUUGCAGGACCAUUUCAAGUGGGUGAAACAGCAGUGUGAAUUUGCAAAACAGGCCCAGGACCCAGACCAAGGUCCCAAGUUGGACCUGGGCUUCAAGGAGGGUCAGACCAUCAAGCUCAGCAUUGCCAGCAUGAAGAAGAAGGAGGCGGCGCCUGGAACUCCCCGGGCCCGUCCCGCCAGCGUGGGAGGCCUGAGCCUGCUGCCCCCUCCACCAGGAGGCAGGACCUCGGUCCUCCUCCCUCCCCCUGGGGAGCAGGUGUCUGGGGGCGGAUCCCUCGGUCAGCCAGCCGUUGCUCCUGGAUCAGGUCAGUGUGCCAGUGUAUCCUGGCCACAGCCCAAGCCUGCCGCUGCUGCUACUGCUGACAUCUGGGGCGACUUCACUGCAUCCACAGGGUCGACUUCGAGCCAGCUUCAGCCAGGAACGAGCUGGGUGCAGUUCUGAACCAAGCAUGGAGCUUCCGGCUCCUCUGAGCUCUGGAAGGAGCUACAUCAUCAGGGCCCCCACAAGGAGGAAGAAAGCGUCCCUGCCAGCCCGUCAGGGUUGUUGCUCUCUGCUUCCCCAGCCUGGCACUUGGGACUCUGUGCAUGUGGCAGGAGUACCAGCACCUGUCACCUGGAUGGGAGUUGAGCACACAUCCAGGACACUAUAGAUGUGCCAGGAUCCCUGUCCCUGUCUGUCCUCUUGCUUGAGAAACUGGAGACCUUGGCUUUUUCCAUCCCACUGACUCCUAUUAAACCCAAGCCCCCAAAGCAGUCA